AAAAAUAUUUGUGUUCAAAAUCGAAACAUAAUUAUAUAUAUAUUAUUAUAAUAAUUCAGUUUGAUUUAUUAUAUUUUUAAUUGAUUGAUUAAAUGUUUGGACACGAAGAGCAAAGACCGAUAUUCUUUUCACGGUCAUAUGUAACAUAAAGCUAAUAUUAUGAGUUAUUAGGUAAAGGCGGAAAAAUGAGUACGAAGUACAUGGUUUCUGGAAAUAACUUAUUCGGACAGUGGUUUUUAAAUGAGCCGAUAUUAGAAAAGUUUGAGUUAUUGCCAAAAAACAACAGUCCAGCACUUAAGUUCGAUGAUUUAGACAUUAAAGACCUUAAAUUAUUGCAUAUGUCAUGGUCUUACAAUAUUUUUCAGAGUCGAAAUGGAUUAUAUGUAUCCGGAGCCUGGGAUAACAAUGAGAAUGUUAUGAAAAGGCUGGAUAUAUUUACUGAAAAUGAAUUUAGGGCUACAGAUUUAUUAGCUGCGGGUAAUGAUGACUGUCUUUAUGUUGUAGAUGUUAAUAGAUUAAAAUUAUGGAUAAUAGACCCUGCAUCAAUUAAAACAUCUAAAUUUCAUCCUCUGGAUUUAGAGUUUAAUACUCUAGGAAAGAUGGAAGAAGAAAAGAAUAAUGUUAAAGUUGUAAAGAUGAUUGCAUCAAAUAAAUCUGUUUAUUUUUUAACAAAUGGAGGCUCUAUUUUUAGUGGAGUACCACCAAGAUACUUGGAUACAAGUCAUUGUUUAGGAACAGUUUGUGAUAUAGCUUGUGGAUAUGAUCACUACAUUCUCCUUACUGAUGUUGGCCAAGUUUACACAUGGGGAAGUGGAAAGAGAUUUCAACUAGGACAUGGUGAUAUUGAUGAUUUGGAUAAGCCUAAAGAAGUGGAUGCAUUAGCUGGAAUAAAAAUAGCAAAGGUUGCUGCGGGAGGUUUUCAUUGUUUAGCUCUAAGUGAAUUUGGAGAUGCUUACACCUGGGGUUGGAAUGAUGAAGGUCAACUUGGUGUUCAUUACGAUGAUGAAGAUCCAAGUGUUGAAAAUUUAAUUCAAUAUUCAAUACCAAAAUUAAUAGACAUAUAUUAUGAAAAUGAUGGAAAUAUUACAAUAGAUAUUGUUGAUAUAGUCUGUGGUUCGAAACACUCAGCUUUAAAACUUGAAGAUAAUACAGUUUGGAUGUCUGGUUAUAACAAAUAUGGGCAAUUAGGUCUGCCAACAAAAAUAUUUCCAUUUGUUAAAUAUUUUAAAAAAGUAUAUGAAUCUUGUGAUGAUUUCAAGGUUAUUUGUGGAAUAUGGUCAACAGUCAUCGAAAUAACAAGUAGUUAAUCAAGGUUUUGUUAAAAUUUAACUUCUAUUUUAAUCUUUUCAUAUAUUGUUCUUAAUCCAUACCUAAUUGGAUUUAUUUUUCUACAUAUGUUGUAGGAAAGUAAUCAACAGUGCAUAGAUUUUCUAAACUCAUUAAGGUUAAAUAGAAAGACCACUGUUAUAAUAUGUGAAGGGAAAACAUUGUGUACCACAUGUUAAGUAAAGUACCUGGAUGACCGAGCUUUGCUCGGUAUUUUUGUUAAAAAUUGUGUUUUUUUGGAAAUUAUA